UAAUACGAAGAUCUAUUUUGUUGUUUUUUUUCAUAUUCCUCUUUCUUAAAGGUUCAUCAUGGCCGAAAAUGAUAUGUAUGUAGCUGCCUUCAAUGACAUAUUUCGAGGAGAGUUCAUCAAGUGUGUUGAUGUUAUGGAUAUGAUUGUGGCUUUGGGAACGCUUACAGUUAGCGAUGAGGAAAAUGUAAGAGCAGUUUAUAAAACAGAGGGCAACACAUCGGCAGUCAUAUGUCUGUGUGAAAGGUUAUGCCGUAAACCAAACUGGAAAGAAAAUAUCGUGAAAGCACUUAGGUCAGACGAUAUAGGAAAAGGUGACCUGGCAGACAGGAUUGAGGAAAAAUUCAAAGAAGUUAAAGCUGGAAUCUCCAAUCCAUUGCCUUUCCAUCAAACUUGUGGAGAUGUUUCAAAUUCCAACCAGAGCUUAUUGCCACUAUCACCACAAGCUACGGUAAAUAUAAAUGUAAAUGUUUACAAUGGAGCAAGACCAAAAGAAACCUCGCAAGUGGUUAUUGACAAAGCACCAACUUCUGAUUCAGCCGUAUUUGGAAUUAGACCUACAAGCAGUGUUUCUACAUUUCUAGAGAAAGAUAGAAGUAACAUCUUUCAGCUGACUAAGUAUGAAGAGUUGCUUGUUGGAGACACUCUUGAUGGUAAGCAGAAGAAUGUCCUGAUCAUUUCUCCAGAUGAAGAUGAAACCAGAAGCAGGAUUCUUGCCCAUAUCUGUAUAACCCAUCUGCAGAAUUCUCAAAGUGGAAGUGGUGUGAAGAAGCUGAAAGUUGUAUAUCUUACAUCAACCAACAGAUUGGGUUGGUUAAGCAAUUUUGGGAAAUACCUGUCAUCCUUCGGGAUUUACACUAAUCUUAAUGACCAGAAGAACAUAACAGCAGAGUCUAUGGAAGAAUAUGAUGUCAUACUCUCAACUUCUGAGAUUUUCGAAAGAGCUCUGACAUCGGAAGUGUUAGCCUUCAGUGACAUCACUCUGCUAAUCCUUGAUGAGUGCCAUCUCUGUUGUCAGAGUGGUCAUCCUUUCCGUUCCAUUAUAAAAUCAUACCUCACAGAAAAACUGGCAGCUAAUUUAGCUUUACAAGUAGUUGGCUUGACAACUAGUAGCAAUAUACACAAUCAUGGAGAUAUAAAAGAAACAGAAGAUAAUCUGAGCAACUUAAUUGGAACAUUAGAUGCUAUGUGUGUUUCAAUGAUAACAGAAGAGGCCACAAUCAAUGAGUUGUAUUUGCAAGUUUAUCCACAAGUGACACAGCUAUCAGUUGCCACUAGACGCAAAGAUGAUCCUUUUUGCAGAGUAAUUAGUAGAAUGAUGUUUGAUAUCGAACAAAAACUGGAGCUAAAAGUUGGACCAUUACAGCGUUAUUCUCAGAAUUAUGGAUAUCACAUUGCAGAAUUAAGGAAACAAGAGAAGACUCAAAAGAAAGAUGAUGAAGAGGAAAAUGGAACAAUUGUCCUUUUGAAUCAUUUAGCAGUCUACAAUAAAGUUUUGCAGAUGAAUGAGAUGAUGAGGACAAAGGAUGCUUUUGCAUUUUUAAAAAAGUUAUACAAAGAACAUGAUGAUGGCAAUGAAUGGCUUGAAGAACUCUACCAAGAACACUCCAGUCAACUUUAUAAGUUAUCAAAAGAAGGAGACAGCAAGUAUGAAAAUCCUAGACUUGCUCAUUUGAAGAGGGAAAUUUUGGCAAAGAGUGGUGGUGAUUUUAAAGCAAUAAUUAUCAGUGAACACCACCAUGUUCUGGAAGCUCUUCAUGAUUGGCUUAUUUCUAGGCCAGAUUUCAAGAAUCUACAUACACAGUUAUUAAGUACCACUGACAAAUCAAGUGAAAUGGAGAGCUUCAAUUCUGGAAAUAAAAGACUCCUGCUCACAUCAUCUGCUGGAUUAGAAGGUGUUAAGCUGAUUGGGGUGAACAUGGCAGUGAUCUUCGUCUCUGUCAUGGAUGGGAUCCGUAUCUGUCAGUCAGAUGAGGAUGUCACACAAGAACUCCUGGAUUUGGUAGCACAGCUACAGUUAACUGAAGUAGUAAAACAUCUUCAGAACUUACCGGAAUCAGUUAAGCUGAAGAACAAUCAGCACAAAAAACUCCAGAUAUUGAGAGAAAAUGAAGUGCUGGAAGAAAGCAUAUCACCUAAAAAGAAUAUAUCAGAGAACACGAGAGUUGAAGAGUUCGAAGUUCUAAAGGGUGUAUCAGGUAAAAGAUGCUCAUUGGAUACAAAUGUCAGAGGCCAGCCAAGUCACGAGGGAGAGCAUGAUAUUAGUGAACCUAUGAAAUCUCCAGUGGCAUUACCCAGUAGUCUAAAGACUAAAAGUAAGGCGGUUAGGGUGAAGGAAAAGGAUGUACUAGUGGAAAGUUUCCCAUCGCUUGUCAAUCAAAUCGGUGAGGAAAAUGAAGAGGGAAAAAAUCUAUCAUGCAAACGUUACACCGUUGAUAAGAGUGUUAGCAGUAAGGGUAAAAGUCAGUUAUCAGAGUUCAAGCUCCACUGCCGAGGCUCCACAGGGAAUGGAAAAUGCACAACUGAUACAGGGACUUUUGCUUGUUCACUCAGCGAUGUUAGGUUGAUGAGUCAAUUCAAUCAUGUAUACAAAAAGAAGUAUUGGAAUUGGAGUAAAAUAAUUGUAAAAGAACACCGUGAUAAAACGAAAAGAAAGGAUGGAACGAAGAAAAUUCACUGCAAAGAAUGUGGUGCCGAUUGGGGCAACACUUUCAAACUGUACCCUUGCUUAAAACUGAAUAACUUUAAUGUUAAGUUUCCAAAUGGGGAGCUGAAGUAUUUUCCACAGUGGAAAAAACUUGAUGUUCCAAUUCCACCAAUGAAGGAGGACCAAUAAAAAAAUUUAAAUGUCUGGCACACUGGUAUUUUGAUCAGUGGUGUAAUGUCUAUUUGAUUUUGGAGGCCGGGUGCACAAAACGUGGUUUCUUGCAGUCCAAAUGAGGAUAUGUUGUGGCGAAAUGGUUAGGCUGUCGCACUGACCAGUAUUGAGUAAAUGAGUUAUAAAAUAUGGGAGCUAAAAAAAUUUCCAAAUUUGUUUUUCAUUAUAGAUCAACAGUUUAAUUCUUAUUAAACAUGUGCCCCAAAGGAAAUGGUCAACAAAUUGUUUAUUUAACGUUGAUAGUUAAUUCUAUUAAACAAUGUAUGUACAAAUAACUUUGGAAGGCAAUUACUCCAAAUCAUGUUUAUCUUGAUUCUAAAAGUGCUGCACUUUCACUUUCAAAUAACUUAGGCUUGAAAUGUCCAAUUUUAAUGAAUGACCCCUCAUUUUAAAGAUUACAUUAGGUAACUGAAAUUACCAGUAACUUGUAUUUCAAUUUUUCCUACAACUUAUCCAUUUUGCCAUACCAUGCCUCAAAUGGGCAAGAACCCUGUUACGUGGCAUUUACAUUAUGGUUCCAGUACGAGUAGAGAAGUGCCAAAACUAACCACAUCAAAACAAUAUGUAAUUCCCAGUUUUAACUGGUAAAUUAUUGAUUUUGUCAGAUUUUAAUGGCUUCAGUAUGAGCUACAUGAUUCAGCAUUUAAAUAUAUAAAAAAGUAGACCUAAACAAGAAUGCAUUUAAUUACAAAGCACUUUCACGAUGUAUGCAUGUACGAUGCACAUAAUUUGUUAUGUUUAAAUUGCAUGGUUAAAGUGUAGUCUUUUUAGCCUUGAUAUUCAUAAAUAGGAAUCAAAGAAAUACUGUCGCCUCAGCCAUCUUGUGAGACUUCAUGAGUGAAUAAUGAAAUGAAAUGAGCCCUCAAUUCAACACUUUCUUGCAGGUUGUUAUGCCACUGAUUUUGAUUGAUCAGGUUUCCUUCUUAAGAGUUAAAAUCCCAGUGCCUAUUUUGCUUUCAUAUGUGACAAGCCACUUAAAUCUAUAUUUGUUUAAAUCUACAACUGUGUUUUCUCCCCGACACCACCCGUACCCGAGCCAAUGCCAUCCAUGUAUUUUGUGCGUGGUUAGUAUAUAUCUAAUGAAUAAUUAAAGGUGCAUUUUGUUGGUAGAUA